AUGACUGAACAGACGUUAAAAGAUCCUCAGGAGAAUAGCACUUUUACGAAAAAGCUCAGAGAAGUUAGCGAAUGCCCUCCCAAUCAGCUGAAGAAUGUUGCCGGGACAUAUAACGUGAGCGGCCUUAAUUUCAUUCUCUUUAUGCAUUCUAUGGCUGGUUUGCCGGGUUCUAUUUCCAACGGUGACAGUCCAUCAAUCAGUAGCACGGCCAGCGCCACCUCGACCAGCUUCUCUAGCUCACAGAACUCUACAUUCAGUACGGCACAUCCUGGCUGUCGUCCUUCGAUUGCCUCAGGUGAUUGCCCACCAGGGGCUUCCUGGACUCGAACCUUAUCUCGGCAGCCCUCGUUCGAUCAUGGCGGUGAAGGUUGUUUGUCAUCCACCCAGGUUAAACAACGUCUUAGAGCCUACGUUCUUAACCGUCGCAGACGCGUGACGCCUAUGGAACGAUGUCGUCGUGCGGAAGAAAAGUUCAAUUCCUCACUCCCAGCUCCUGUAAACCUACACUACUCCUCUACCCAUGAUCAGUUUUCGGAGGGAGGACGGUAUUGGCACAGUGCUGACUCAGCGACAUCGAAAGACGAGGAUUCCCUUAUUCAUGGAUCUGACUUCCGCCGCGAUUCACUUGAGCUCCCUUCUAACACAGACCCUCCUCGCCUCAAUCUGGGACCUCGCAGAUCCUCCGCAACCGAUGCGCUACUCCCCAGCCAUCGUUCCUAUCUUGGAUCCACAGGACCAAGCAAUUCUGGAUGCUAUCGAACAUCUCACCGGUCACUUGGCUCUGAAAGAUUCGCAUACCGGUGCACAGUUGAAGGAGUCACUCCUUACUCGAUUGCAUUUGGCUGCUGGCUUGGGCAGCACAGAUAUUCGAAAGACAUUAACUCCUGGCCACUCCGUCAACUACUACCUCGCCUUCUGCUGGACAAGACUGGACUUGAAAACCAGCAAGUUUACAACCCACAACUACGAUCGGAUCAAUCCUCAGUUUUACCUCCUGCCUCUUCUACGAUAAGUCCACGCCGUCACAGUUUAGACUAUCGAACUUUGCAGUCGACCACAACCUCGAUCGGACUGCUCAGUGGGUCACGCUCUAUUCCUUUGGAACCGUUGCUGGAACCUCCAUUCGUGAUGGAUUCCAGCGGAUCUUCUGGGGACCGAGUGGAUUCGAAAGGAGCUCCUGCCCCCGGACAGGCUUCCUUGCGUUUCCCAAUCGGCGCCCAUGGAACCCAUGACACUCCGACCCACCUGGCGACAUUGAGCGUUAAGUCGAAAAUCAAAACAUACCUGGACGCCCUACCUCAUUCAACUUCUGUGAGGUCACCCACGCAACUUAUUCCAAACCAGCUUUCGAUUUCUGCCAUAUCGGAUUCCUCGUCCUCCUAUCUCAAGGAUUCGACUUCCGUCCGGGACACGGAUGAAGUUGCCAUGGAUUGGGAAACGGAAGUGUCCGAGUCAGUGCAUCCUGAGGAUAAGCCAGUCCAUCCGGCUGUUGCAGUCCAGCCAGACAUGCCAGUUUUGACUUCCCAUACUUGUGACAUUUCCAGCCCGAUUUUAAGUCGGUGGCUCCGUCUACCUGUGGAAACUUGGUCUUACGACUCAUGUGACCUUGAAAAAUCCCCGCUAGCUGAUCCCCACUGUCGGCCGACUGCACUGGCCUUCGACCCGGAUAUGUUGGAACAUCGCUGUCUGUGUCCCAAGGCAUCCGAUUUGGAUACUCAUCCAGAAUCUCCUGAACGCAUGCGACCUGUGCUAGAGCGCCUUUUGGAUACUUUCCUACACAUUCCCUCAAAUAUUCAGCUUCAACCCAUCGACUUGUUGCACAUGCUUCAAUCUGCCGUUGCUACUGAGAAUCCGACGUUGCAGCAAGAACUAAAUCAGCUGACAGAUUGGAAUCCAACGGUGCUUCGGGAACUACUGUCUCGUAUUCCUUUGAUUGGAUUUUGCCGUCUUGUCCGUGCACGAAUGGCUUCUGAGGCAUGUACCGCCAUCGCUGAGUCUUUGACCAGCGUUUGCUAUUCUUCUGCAUUCUUUGGUGGUUUGUUAAUCCUUCUUUUAUGCUCACCAAUUCUGGAGGAGAUUUGUACGUUUCAUUCCAAAGAUUACGUGGUUGCGUUUGGCAACCCGCAUAACCCAGUUUUGGAACCCAGUCUGUUGUUAUCACUAUUCAAUCCUUCCCCUGCGGGGCAAGACACAAAGCCCGCAGACGCUGUGCAGAAACUGAUGCAGCGGCUGUGCAAGCUGAACUGUGGUGGGAUCGGUGUGGAUUCAGACACCGUGUGGAAUCCGUCGAGUACUGCUCGUGCGGCACGACUGGCCGUAGGCCAGGUGCUUUGCUUGGCUACAAAAGUCGCCAAAAAUGAAAUUCGCAAUGGUUUCGCCUUAGUUCGUCCUCCGGGGCACCACGCCGAACCUGGACAAGCCAUGGGAUUCUGUUACUUCAACUCGGUUGCGAUCACAGCGUUACGCUUACUUCGCUCUCAAUUGGUAUCCCGUGUACUCAUUCUAGACUGGGAUAUUCACCAUGGAAACGGGACCAAAUUGGCUGCAUUACAACAUCCUGGACUACUAUACAUUAGCAUUCAUCGGUAUGAUGGAGGGAAGUUCUUUCCCGGGACUGGUGCCGCAAACGAGGGGCCCGUUAGUCCGAAGCAUGGGGACUUGAACUUGACUUCAAGCUCUGAGGGACGUUCUCAACUGAUCAAUAUUGCCUGGGAAACCCCAUCUGCGUCAGAUGUGAAUUCUACUGUUCUGUCAAUGUUAGAUGCAGUGGAUCGGCGUGAAAUCUGGCGACAGUCCUGCGAACGACAAAAACUGUAUCGUAAAACCAGUUCCCGCUUAAUCGUCGCGGGCCUUCACUCCCCGGAGACAUCAUCCAGCUCAGUCUUUUCGAACCAGGCGAGUGUGUUACACCGCGAUCCAACAGAUUUACCUGUGUGUCACUGCCGAUUGGAUGCUAACGAGCAUCCGCACAACAGCACUGUCCAACCAUGCUCCGUCUGUCUAUCCCAUUCGAUACGAUCCUCUAUAGCCUCAUCUAUUCUCUCCGGAUCGUCUUUCCUUCCGACCAGUUCGGGAAGCACUGCACUUGAAGACUGUCGGACAGCCGGUUCAAACCCUGACCGACCACAUGCAGCCGAUCCCAUUACGCCACACCGACCACUUUUGGGUUUGAGUGACGCAGAAUAUUUGGCCGCGAUGCGAUGUGUGGUCAUUCCAGUAGGCCAUGAAUUUCAACCCGAUGUGAUUCUCAUAUCUGCUGGAUUCGAUGCUGCCCGGGGCCAUGGGGAAGCACUCGGUGGUUAUUCCGUCUCACCAGGCUUAUUCGCAUGGAUCACCCGGCAGUGUAUGUCGCUGGCCAAUAGUCGGGUGGUGCUUGCACUGGAGGGCGGUUACCAGCCUGUGGUUGUUAGCGAAUGUAUCACGAACUGUUUGAAUGCCCUACUUCUCCCCGAGCCUGCACGAAAGUGGAUCCCGUAUUUGGGUGACGGGAGCGCCGCUGUUUCGAAUCCAAUGGGCACUGCGCCCGAAGCCUUUCUGGAUGCAUUUCACAACGCUUCAGAUUGGAUUUCUAAGUUGGAAUUAGACCGUGCUCCCUGUCCGGAAGCCGUUUCCAAUCUGCUCGCUACCAUUCGUUACCAGGCCAAAACUGGAUGGCAGUGUUUACAAAAUGUGUGCAGUCAUAAUGUAGCAAUGUCUUUCUCAGAGGCAAUAGAUUUGGAACAGCGGGUUAGAGUUCUGCCAAUGGACGCGGGCUCACACACGCGUGAAGCGGAGUCGCAUUAUUCUUGUGCCUCUCCACUAACCAAUGGGAUCGCACAGCUCCGAAUGGAUCAGCAAUAAUUGGUUGCCGCUACUUCGCUACUUCCCUUGGCACUUUCUGCCAAUCGCAUCGUCUGCGACUCAACAUACGCUGCGCCCACCUUUCUCUCAUUAGUCUGUACAGCCUUUGAUUCUCCCUGUCUUUGCGCAUCCUAAUCUAACCCCGUCAGGUGUCACCGUGCAUUCGUUUGACCCUACACUCCUCUACUGACGCGCCACUUACUAUUCCUAUCUAUCGGUGUGCGUUCUUACCUUACUAAAGUGAUAUGAUCUGUACAUAACUGUUUUUAUUUAGGCCCCUACAUCCCAUGAUAGUAAGUUUGAAUUUUUUCAUUUUGUCAACAAACGAUUGAUUUUUCUUUUUUUCUAUGCCCAUGUGUUCUUUUUUAUUCUUGCGAUAUCACGCUACCACUACCACUGCUGAUGUCGCACGAUGCUUUCCUUUGAUGAUUUAUCCAUAUUCUUCAAUUUUUCACCUCGCCGUGACCCCAGCCAACGUUGCUGAAUUGUCAUCACUUGUACUUCUUUCUUUCUUUCUUUCAUUGUUUUUUUUCUUUUACUUUCUCUUUUGCUUAAAACUAAGAGUCGGACAUAUCUGACCAGUGGCGUCAUAUUGGUUUCCAUCCCAUUUGUCCGUUUGACUUUUUCUCAGGAAUGCUGUCGGCGACAUUCAUAUUUUUCCUGUUUGUCCUCCCCCGUUUUUGGUUUUGACGAGAACGACCAUUUGACUAACUAUGAUCCGAUGACGAAUGAUCUGGUUCAACAUGAUUUUCCAUACCAACCAAAUAGUCAGACUUUUUUCUUGCCUUUACAUCCCUGACCUGAACGGUGUUCAAUUUUCUACCUUACUCAGAAACCAAUACAACUGCC